AUGUCGACCCUGAAUGAGAUGAUCUCCAAUCAGGCUGACUCAGGCAGCCUGGCCCUCAGUGCCAACCAGUGCCUGCCUCCCUUUCCGCGCCUGGCAGCUGGCAUGACACUCACCCUGUUCUACGCAGCCCUCUUGGUCUUCAGUGUCCUGGGGAAUAUCCUGGCCCUUGGCCUCGCCUGUCGGGAGGGCAAGAAGAUCAACUCAACAGGUGUCUACCUGGUCCACCUGGCUCUGUUCGACCUCCUGUUGACCUUGACACUGCCGGGAAAGAUCAUCUACUAUGCGCUGGGCUUCCACUGGCCGUUAGGGGACAAGCUGUGCAGGCUGGCAGCAUUCCUGGUCUAUAUGCAUACUCAUGGGGGCAUCUACAUCCUGAUGUGCCUGAGUGUGGACCACUACCUUGGAGUGGUGCAUGCCCGAAGGUGCCCGCCGCUCCACCGUGCUGGCCAAGCAAGGCUUGUGUGUGCAGCCGUCUGGUGUCUAGCGCUACUUCAGACGAGGGCAUUUGCACUGGCCCUGCAGCUCACGGUGGCUCUCAGGAGUGUGAACUGCGGCAUGGACCCUGUCAUUUACUUCUUCGCAUCCCCGCGUUCCAAGAAGUGGCUCCUGUGUAUUUUAAAACUCAGAGCGUCUCCUCCUUAUCUGGUCCAGGGAAAAGUUUCCUCCAAAACACCAAGUGUCAACCAGCCUUGA